UUGAAAUGUAAACAAUCCGUGCAUUUCCAUAUCUCAGCUACCGACUGCGCGAAAUGCCUCUGAACUAUGCCAGCGUGGAUUUCGAGUAUACGAGACGAGCGUCGCAACUGAAGAGAGAAGACGUGCAAUGCCUGCGGGAAUGGCUCGCGAAACAGCCGCAUCUUCCGGAGAUUCUCGAGAUGGAAAUGAUCUUCUUCCUUCUUAGCUGUGAUUGCAGCAUUGAGAUGACUAAAGCCACAAUCGAUAGUCACUACACCUUACUAGCGCUGAGCCCUGAAAUCUACGGCGCGCGAGACUCAAGAACGUGGGACGGAAUACUGAACACUCACGUUCUGGUACCAUUGCCAACAUUAACACCAGAAGGGUACCAAGUGGUUUACUCAGGCCUCAACGAUAGAGAUCCCACCAAAUAUGUUUACGCUGACUUUAUAAAGCUGAUAUGCACUGUCUCCAAGCUCUCACUGAUUCAAAAGGGAACGGUCAAUGGGUUGAUUUGUAUUUGUGACAUGGAAAGGUACUCGAUUUCGCACGUUGCCCGAAUACCCAUCACGGUUCUCAAGAAGUUCCUGGCGUUUGUCCAGGAGGGUCUCCCGUUACAACUCAAGGCGUUUCAUCUAAUUAACGCCGGUUCCAAAAUGGACGCCAUUCUGGCGAUUGUCAAGCAAUGCGUCAAACAUGAAAUAUUUAAAUUGAUACACGUCCACAGUGACUACACGAAGACCUUGUACGACCAUGUCCCAAAGGAGUGUUUGACUGUAGAACUUGGCGGGACUAAUGGAUCAAUGCGCGACCUUUACGGGGAAGUUAAGGCUAUGGUCUUGGAGAACAUGGAUUUUGUCAUGGAGGACGAGAAAAAAGUUGCCGAUGAAUCCAAACGGCUUCAAAAAUCCAACAAGUUUGAUAGUCUCUUUGGAAUUGAGGGCACCUUUAAGAGGCUGGAGAUUGAUUAAACCUGCUCAAAGGAUAAUCGGAAUUUGGUUACGUGUUUCACAUUUGAAAACAUUUUUUAACUCAUUUUUUACCAGAUAAAAUCGGCAAGAAAAUGUUGUAUUGAAAUUGUAAAAUAAAAAAUUC